AUGUCGGCCCCCUUUGCUCGAUGUGGAGCGUCACGACAAGGGCUCUUCCGGAACUCGCAACGCGAAAAAGAAAAGAAACAGAAACAAAAGAAGGUCCUGAAAAGAAGACUAAUAGAGUUCAAGGGAGGCUUUCCAUUUGCUACGAUUACAGUGUCGAGGGUUCAUGCUGCCUUUCUCGCACGGACGCCAUCGCAUUGGUGUUGCUCGGACGCCCAAGACCAUGCCGCCAGCGCCAGCAACCAUGGCAAUCUUCGCAGAAGCUUCGGGCCCUGUCAACUGUCCGUAGGGCUCGCGGAUUGA